CCCCACUUGAAACCCGUUAUCGGAUGUCCCUGUCGCCUGGGUCAGCCAUGGCGUGUGACGAUGCGCGGCCGGAGAAUGAGCAUGGUUGCCACGCAGAGAACCUUGGAAUUGCUUCUGACCUCGUGCCACAAGGCACGUUUGUGGCAAGAGGUACUGGCCUUACUGACUUCCAUGAGAUCUCGGAGAUUGGAGGUGAGCUCCUCAGGCCUUCACUAUGCGCUCCACGCCUGCGAAGUGGGCGCCCAGUGGCAACUGGCCUUGGAGCUGGGGCGGUUCCACGGACGUGGGGCGAUGGCAGCGCUGGUGGCAGGCAGUCAAUGGCAGCGCGCCUUGGUGCUGCCCACGGAUCUAACGGACCGUUCGAUGGCCGCCUUGGCCCGUGCCACGCGUUGGACAGCGGCAUUGGAACUUCUGACUCGUCGCACCGAUGGUGGCAAUCACUGUGACGCAGUGCUUCUCAGUGGCACAAUGGCCGCAUGUGGCCAGGUCUCACACUGGGAGACUGCCCUGGCCUUCCUGGGCUGCCUGCAUUCCCUGCGUUUCGCGCCGACGCGCUCCACACUCAACGCGGUCAUUGCAGUGACUCCACGUUGGGACAUUGCUCUGGAACUCUUCCAGCGCUUGGAGGAAAUCGACACGGUGAGUGUCAACGCCACCCUGAGUGCCCUGGAACGAGGCUUGCAAUGGCCGUUGGCCCUGACCUUGCUGAUGGAGACCAGAGCGCAAGCGGGGCUGGUGGAGCUCCGGUCGUUCAACACCGUGAUGAGCGGCUGCAUCCGAGGCGCGCAGUGGUCGGUGGCUUUAGGGCUUCUACGCUGCACUGGAGACGCCACGCUGGUCACCUACAAUAGCGCCAUUGCCGCGGCCGACCAUGCGGAGCAAUGGGAGGUAGCUAUGGAGCUGCUGGCUGAAAUGCAUGGUCGGCAACUUCGAAGUGACUUCAUCACCUUCAACUGCUCAGCAUCGAGUCUGGGGAGGUCAGCGGCUCGAUGGCAGUCUAUCCUGGCCUCUGUGGAAGCAAAGCUGGGAGAGUCCACCGGCACCGGCGCCACGGGCCUGAGACUGCUGGCCGAAUCCUACCUGAGGGCCGGUUGUGCUGCAGCGGUGUGUGCACUAGCGCCGCUGUUAAAACGUUGCGCUGGAAAGCUCUUGCGCGCUGCCAGCCCCUCCCCUGACUCGAGUGCAAGAGAGGAAUCACAUCCAGUGGCCACCCCGCUGGAGCUGCUGGGGAGCUUGGGCUCAAGCCAGCUCUGGCCGCUGCUGUCCCGACGGCUGUUGAGGCCCAUUUUGCCGACCUACAAAGCCCUGGCGAAGGGAUUUCACGGAGACAGGCUGGAGCUUUUGAGACAUCCAAGCUUAGACAGCUUUGGCCUGGGAGGCCGGACGUGCCGAGAACUGCUGAGUAGCCUGUGCCUGGAAAAGCGGAGCGACCUGCCGGGCUGGACCUGGACCUGCCUGGAACAUGUUGGUGUCCCAUAG